CUCAAAAAUCAAAAUGAAUCAACGGAUAGUCUCCCGGUGACCGUCCCUGUGGUUCGUGGCUUUUGGCCAUGUCCUUUUGAACAGCUCAAACAAAGACGGCCAUUUUAAUAUACAAAAUUCUUCUUCUUUCCUCACCAAAACAAUUUUCAUAUACAACGUGCUUUGAAUUUCCUCUCCACCAUUUCUUUCGCUGUUCAUCACUUUCUCACUCAAUCUACGCGUUUUCUCUCUCUAAAUUCUACUCUAUUUCAUUUCAAAAUUUCAAACCCACAAACCUUGAAUCCCCAAAAUCAUGGCCUUUCCCGAUCUCAUCCUCUUCCUCAUCUUUACGGCCAUACCCUUUUCGAUUUCUCAGCCAACUGACCAAGCUCCACCUCCGGCCGCCGGUUCCUGCAAUGGCAUCUUCUUGUCCUACUCUUUCGAUCAAGGAACCAAGCUUCCCCCAAAUCUCACUGAUCUCGCUCACCAGCCCUACCGAUUCGAGUCCACUCUCUCCGUUCUCAACAACGGCCUUACGGAGCUCAAGUCUUGGAGGGUUUUUGUGGGGUUUCAACACGAUGAGUUCUUGGUCUCGGCCUCCGGCGCUGUUCUCGCUGAUGGUAAUUCCUUCCCUGGUAACGUUGGCAAUGGUACUGUCUUCGCUGGUUUUCCGAUGACCGACUUGAAGACGGCUAUUGAAACUGCUGGGGAUAUCACUCAGAUGCAAGUCCAAGUCAAGUUACUUGGGACCCAAUUUGGGGUUGCCCCUCCGAAGAGUCCGAUGCCUUCGAAUAUAUCUCUUGCCAAUGAUGGAUAUCUGUGCCGUAAGCCAAACCUACAAGGAAAGAGUGAGAUGCACGUCUGUUGCAUACCUGAUCCAAGCGUGAAAACAAAUAUCACAACCAGUGAAGAGUUCUUGCCUCGUCAAAAUGGUGAUCUAACGAUCAUGUAUGAUGUGACAAGGACAUAUGAUUCAAGUUACUGGGCACAAGUUACAAUUGCUAACCAUAAUCCUCUUGGUCGUCUUGACUAUUGGAAAUUGAGCUGGGAUUGGAUGAGGGAUGAGUUUAUCUAUACAAUGAAAGGGGCUUAUCCUUCGGUUGUUGAUUCUACUGACUGCAUCUUUGGUAGACAAGGCACUUAUUAUCGGGACUUGGACUUUUCCGAUGUAUUAAGUUGUGAAAGAAGGCCAACUAUUGUUGAUUUACCUCCAACCAAGGCCAAUGACACCACUCUCGGGUUAAUCCCUUUCUGCUGUCGAAAUGGGACAAUCUUGCCAUCUCAUAUGGACCCGAGCAAGUCAAUUUCUGCAUUUCAGAUGCAAGUGUUUAAAAUGCCACCGGAUCUUAAUAGAUCCCAGAUUACACCACCUCAGAAUUGGCAGAUCAGUGGCAUUCUCAACCCCACAUAUAAAUGUGGCCAGCCAGUGAGGGUAAGUCCUAGUGAAUUCCCCCACUCAAGUGGUUUACCACUGAAUUCGACUGCAGUAGCGAGCUGGCAGGUUGUUUGCAAUAUAACACAUGCCAAGGGUGACACGCCGAAGUGCUGUGUUUCGUUUUCAUCUUACUACAACGAUUCUGUCAUCCCGUGCAGAACGUGUGCUUGUGGAUGCUCGCAAAAGUCAGCCCGUACAUGUAAUGCAACCUCCCCUGCAAUGCUCCUCCCACCUGAAGCCCUUCUUGUUCCUUUUGAGAAUAGGACCGCUAUGGCUGUUGCUUGGGCUGGUCUGAAACAUUUCCCAUCCCCCAAACCGAUGCCUUGUGCGGAUAACUGUGGCGUCAGUAUCAAUUGGCAUUUGUAUACUGAUUAUAGGGACGGAUGGAGUGCGAGGAUCACUCUCUUCAACUGGGACGAAGUGAAUUUUGCAGAUUGGUUUGCUGCAGUUCAGAUGAACAAAGCAGCACCUGGUUUCCAGGCAAUGUACUCGUUCAAUGCAACCACCUUGGAAUUGAAUGGUUCCAACAAUACUAUCUUUAUGCAGGGUAAUCCUGGACUAAACUAUCUCGUAGGAGAAACAGACGGGGCAAACCCGGCAAGAGAUCCACGGGUACCUGGAAAACAGCAAUCUGUGAUCUCAUUUACAAAGAAGAACAUACAAGGUCUUAACAUGGCUGCUGGAGAUGGGUUUCCUACAAAAGUGUUCUUUAAUGGAGAGGAAUGCUUGCUUCCAGAAAUGUUCCCAGCCAACAACAGCCGAAGGAACUUAGCUUCAUUCAUUCCAAGUAUCCUAAUCCUACUACUGGUUUUCAUGUUCAUUCAGCAAUAGCCAGGAAAGAAUGCGAAGGAUGACAUUGUGUUGUAGCUGCUGUUCAUUUUUUCAUUCUUUGAGGAACUGAAGAUGAUAUGGAGUAUUUUCAGAGACUUGACUGAGAUUAAUACUCUGAGAAAUGAGACUUUAAGCUCACUCUACACAAGAAGAAGGUACAUGAAAUGACAGUAACUCAAGAAAUCUGUGGUUUAAAAUGCAUCAUUGCUCUGCCAGUUCUCAUGGCUUGUAUUUUUUGAGCUGCUACAGUAUAUAUAUAUAUAUAUGCCGGAGAAAGGGGUGUGUAUGUGAUUGUUUCCUUACUGAAUUUUGGUAGUUAAAAACAUUGUUUUGAAGUUUUAUAAUUUUUGUUAUUAUAAAUGUUAAACCUACUUCUUCUUGUA